AUGGCAUCAACUGAUACCUCAAUGGAGACCGUACGCAUGUUUAAGUAUACAGCAAUGGGAGCGUUAUUGGCGAUCACAACAACUUUUGCGUUGCUGCCAUUGUGGAUAUCAAGUCGCGGCACACGGUCGGCGCAAAAUGUACUGAGUCGAAAGUUGCCUUUUGCUACGGCUGGUGUGUUUUUGGGUUCAGGGCUGCUGCAUUUAUUGCCAGAUGCGGUCAAACUAUACGACCAAGUAGUAAUACAAAUGGACGCACCGCCACAUUGGAUGACGGCAUUUCCAAUUAUCUACAUGCUUUGUGCACUGGGAUGCACCAUCGUUUGGAGUGUUGAUCUGCUUAAUAUGGGCAAUUCUGGCAAACUCAUGGCCGUGGCAAGUGCUGCACGUCCCGAUUAUGAGACGAGCAUGUACCGAGUACAAAUUCCAUCCGUGACUUCGUUUGGUUGGAGAAAUCGCUCGACAUCUGUGGAUGGUAAAGAGCGGUUCUAUUCGUGUACUUGCGACAGCGUGCCAACGCCAUCACUUUUUCACAGAGCAGCUAAGAUGGAGGAGACUACGUGUUUGCUCACACCCAGUAGCGUGAAGGUUGUCAACGGUGGUGUAUUGCCUAUGAUGGAGCAUGAAUCAGCAGCAUCGGAAUUGCUAGAGGAAGAUAAUCCUAACGAACAUGAAACAACAGUCAGCGAACAUGUCGUAUUUUCGGGGGACAGUUAUUUUCUGCCAUACUUAUUGGCAGCUCUCUUUUCGAUUCAUUCUUUAAUUGCGGGCUUCGCACUAGGAGUCAAUCACUCGCUCGAUCGGACGGCCGUGGCCACUACUGUAGCCAUUUUCAGCCACAAAUUUAUUGAAGCCACAUCAGUUGGAGCCAAUUUUGCCAAGGCCAAGAGUAGCAUUGCCCACCGGCGGUCAAUUGCUGUCCUUACACUCUAUAGCUGCAUGACGCCACUUGGAAUAUUCAUGGGUAUGGUCCUGUCCGACUCUUUGCGUGGAACUCAUGCAUUGACGAUGGAGGCCUUGGCUUUAAGCAUUGCAUCAGGCAGUUUUAUCUACUUGGCAUUUCAUGAAUUGUCAGAGGAAAGCGCAUCUCAAGAGACCAAUGUAAUGGAAAAACUUGUGCUUUUUUCAAUCGGGAUCUUAAGUAUGGCUGUACUGGCUGCUUGGGCUUAA